GGAUCUGUGCUAGGAGUAUCAAAUGAGUUUUAUCAGAUAGCUGAAUAGUUACCAGCUCUUUCUUCAAAGCAAGACUUAUGGCUGCAUGAUGUCAGCUCACUCUUACUGCUGGGCCACACACACUGUUCUUCUCUCUUUUGUGUGUACUAAAACCUGCUGCAGUGCCUUUACCUCCAAGAACUCCUCUCAGAUAACACUGACAUUGGUCAGUGGUUAUGAUCCAUAUGGGGGCUCCCAUUUCCUCUGUCAUUUAGCUCGUCUCUCCAGUUAGAAAUAUAUAAAGAGCAAGCAUGUUUCAUGCUUUUACUACUUAUUGUCAGGCAUGGCAGCAUACCAACAAGUGUGAUUCUCUGUGGGCACCCUUCUGAAAACUCAGUUAGUCCUUUUUGUGCUUGGAGGCAGGGAAGUGACCUCUAAAACUGAGAUAGCUCUGGAGCCCCAGAUAGGAAAUCGUGAAUCCCAGUUCUCAGAUCUCUGCAGUACCAGCAGCAGCUCAAAGAAAUUGUUCUGUUGGUGUUGGUUAUUGCUUCGUUAUUAUUUUUUUUAAACUUAACUGAAAGGAUUGCACGUGGGGUAGCGAAAACAACGUAAUAUCAGUAAAAAAAAAAAAAAGGAAACACAGCUACUGGAAUUCACAUUGAUAGAAUAACAGGUAAGAAAUCUAAAUCCUUAAGAUCCGUUACUUGGGAGAGCACCACGAAGCGCCGGGGUCCCCUCUCCCCGCAGCCCGCACCGUCCCGCUGUGCACGGCACUCCCGAGCCCUCCCGGUUCUGCACCCGCCGACCUCCCCACGAGCAGCCCCGGCCGGAGCAGCGCUCCCCCGCUCCCGUACCGCUGCACUCCACGACCGUCCCGCCGCCCGCGGGAGGUGGGAGCGGGGGCGGAGCGGCGGCCGCCCCGCUCCCGGCUCUCCACGCCACGCUCCCAGCCGCCGUCGGAGCACGCUGCUGCUGCUGCUGCUGCUGCUGCUGCUGCUGCUGCCGCCGCCGCUCGGGCCGGAGGCGCGCAAGGAAUGGCGCGGUGCCCGCCCCGCAGCAUCCCGGGGAGCGUCGCGGGCGAGAGCAGCCGCUCCGGGGGAAGUUGAAGGCCGUUCCGGAGGCUGCGAGGGGGCGGGCGGCACCGGGCGGCCGAAGAGAAGCAGGAGCAUCCCGGGCAGCGCGGAGUGCCGGGCGGCGGGGCUCGAUGGGCAGCUCGCGUCGCCAUGGUCAUCGCCCUCAACGGCAGCCACCUCUACGGUAACCUCCGGCCCUUCGCGCUGGAGGAGCCGCGGGCGCUGGGCGGCGGGAGGAUGAUCGCCGGCUCGUGGCCCCCGCGCAGCCUGGCCAAGCUCGGUCCGGGCGGCACUCCCCCGCCGCUGCCAGCCGCCAGCCCAGCGCCCGGCAACGACUCGCAAUGCGGGGAGCAGAUCCUCAGCUACGGCAACGUGGAGAAAGUUGUCAUCGGGGCCGUGCUCAGCCUCAUCACGCUGCUGACUGUCGCCGGCAACUGCCUGGUGGUCAUCUCCGUUUGCUUCGUGAAGAAGCUGCGGCAGCCCUCCAACUAUCUCAUCGUCUCGCUGGCCCUGGCCGACCUCUCGGUGGCCCUGGCCGUCAUGCCCUUCGUCAGCGUGACCGAUCUCAUCGGGGGCGAGUGGAUCUUCGGGCGCCUUUUCUGCAACGUCUUCAUCGCCAUGGACGUCAUGUGCUGCACAGCCUCCAUCAUGACCCUCUGCGUGAUCAGCAUCGACAGGUACCUGGGAAUAACAAGACCGCUCACAUAUCCUGUGAGGCAGAAUGGGAAGUGUAUGGCCAAAAUGAUCCUGUGCGUGUGGCUCUUAUCUGCCUCUAUCACCAUACCCCCACUCUUUGGUUGGGCACAAAACGUGAAUGAUGAAAAGGUCUGUUUGAUCAGCCAAGACUUCGGCUACACAAUUUACUCCACAGCAGUUGCAUUUUAUAUCCCAAUGUCAGUGAUGCUUUUCAUGUACUAUCAGAUUUACAAGGCUGCCAAGAGGAGCGCUGCUAAACACAAGUUCGCUGGUUUUCCCCGUCCAGAAGAAAUGGAAGGGAUUUCUAUGAAUGGAGUGGUAAAACUGCACAAGGAAUCUGAAGAAUGUACUAAUUUUUCACGACUCCUGAAGAAUGACAAGAAAAACAUUUCAAUUUUUAAGAGAGAGCAGAAAGCUGCCACUACUCUUGGGAUUAUUGUUGGGGCUUUCACUGUGUGCUGGCUGCCGUUUUUCCUCCUCUCAACUGCCAGGCCCUUCAUCUGUGGUACAGCAUGCAGCUGUAUCCCACUGUGGGUCGAGAGAACCUUUCUAUGGUUGGGUUAUGCAAACUCCCUCAUUAACCCUUUUAUAUAUGCCUUCUUCAAUCGGGACCUGAGGACAACUUACCGCAACCUCCUGCAAUGCAGAUAUAGGAAUAUCAAUCGGAAACUAUCGGCUGCAGGGAUGCAUGAGGCUCUGAAGCUUGCAGAAAAGCCAGAAUUUGUUCUGAGAAGUUCUGAUUUCUCCAGGGAAAAGGAAUCCUGACUCAUGAUCUGCAUCAAAGUAGCCAAAAAAAAAAAAAAAAGCCAGACCAGAACUGGAAGAAGAAAAAUGAAAAGUUGGCUUCUGAAGAAAUGGCUUGCGAAAUGUACUUCAUCUCCUUUUGAUGGGAAUGUACUAAAAAUACUCAAUGAGCUCAACACAUUACACUAAAUACAUUUCUACUGAAAUUAGUCACGUCUUGUUUGUUAUGGAGAAAAGUGCUGCUAUGUGCAAAUCAGAAUCGUUUUCUGCCUGAGCAAGCCAAAUUAUUUCAGCAAUAAGAGUUUGACACGGGGUAGGAAAGAAAAGCAACUGAAAUUCAAAGAUAAAGUGCUGUGCAGAUUUCCACUGCAUCCAACAAUGUAGAACACGUUCAUUUGUGUUUAUCAUGCUUGUUGAUCCCAACACUGGUAUUAAUAUUCAGGGAUCAUCAGUGAUAUGGAAUGUAUUCUGUUGUAAAUGCAAAAAGAUGUUUUCAAGCACACUGUAGCUCUGUGGAUGCUUUCAAGGCCUGUGAUAUUUUAUGCACCUGGAAUAGGUUCCAGAAAGGCAACAAUAAAAGACUGGUUUAUGUAAAAGU